UCAAGUUGCAGUAGACCAGUAGAUCAGGUACAUGAAUGUUCACCUGGCGCGGCCUUUGCAUCGAUUACACCCAAAGAACUUGUGAACUUACGCCGAACGGGCCGGCUCGCGAACGGCUUGCUGUAUCUGUGACUACCGUCCAUCAUCAACACAACCGGCACCGCAUUUGGACUACCAGAAGUCAACGACGUUCUCCAUACAAUGGCUCUCAAUCUAUAUCUUUUGACUUUCAACUGCGGGCGCAACGUCGUUCAACCUGAUGUGUUCGCCCCUUAUCUGUUCGACGCUUUAGAUUCAGGCUCCUCCUCCCCAGAAUUUCUGGUGUUGUGCCUCCAGGAGGUCGCACCCAUUGGCUAUUCAUUCCUUGGUGGUUCAUUCUUGACGCCUUAUUUCAACGCCUUCCGCCAUGCUGUUAAGCUCGCGUCCAAAGAUCACAGCUACGUCAACGUCUUCACCAGGAACGUGGGUCUUACCGCGUUGAUGGUCUUCGCCAGGGACGACGUCGCAGAUAACGUCACUUGGCUUCAAAUGGCCGGGGUCGGACUGGGGGUCAGUGAGAUGGGCAACAAAGGCGCCGUCGGUGUCAGGCUGGGUUAUAAACCAUCAGACUCCGAGGAGAUGCAAUUGACCUUCGUUUCAGCGCACUUGGCGCCAAUGGAAGACGGCCUCGACCGGCGGAACGAGGACUACAAGAACAUUGUGCGACGCCUAGUGUUCGUGCCGGAUCCGAGUCGGAAACCCGUUGCUCGAGACGAAGAAGAUGAAGACGCGCCGUUGUUGCAAGGACAGAUUCCAGCACACAACACCUCUGAGAGCGGCAUAUACUACAAUCAUUCGCACCUUUUCUUUGCUGGUGAUCUCAAUUACCGAACGUCACUACUCCGGCCAUCACCUCAAGAUGUGGAGGAACGGUUUCCUCAACCCACGAAGAACAGGGACGACCCUAAGAACUAUCACAAUCUCCUCGCCGAGGACCAACUCACAGAGCAGGUGAAGGCCGGGAAAAGUCUGCACGGUCUCACCGAGGCACCUAUCGACUUUCCUCCUACCUAUAAGUACCACACGGAUGAGAGCAAACCGGUGACACUGGAUGGGGGAGAUCAGGAGUGGCAGUGGGCACCUCAUCGCUGGCCUAGCUGGUGCGAUCGGAUUUUCUUCUGGGACCAAGGUGAUGUUGAGGUCAAGCCGCAGAAAUACACGUGUCUACCAUUAUUUGCGACCUCGGACCAUCGGCCAGUGGUAUUGGCAGCCUCAGUGCCAUUGAAACCAGUAGCAGCUUCAGAGCAGGCUGACAGAGCGCCAUUCCAGAUCGAUUCUACUUGGAAAAGUCGACGUGCGCAGGCGCGGAGGAAAGAGUUGGUGGUUGGUUUGGGGGCUUACCUAGCUCUGACGAGAGAAGGAAAUGCCUUGCUGAUUGCUACUGUGAUUGGUGCUGUUGGAGGUUGGCUGAUUAUCAGAUCGAUGCUCAUGGCAUGAGACGGCAGGAUCAUCGGAGUUGAGGCCAUAGGGGAUUGG